AACAUUUACCUGAGGCUCCUAGGCAGAGUGGGCCAGGGGGCUUCUGUGUGCUGCUGCCCCUAGGCACUGCCCCUGCAGCUUCUUAUUGGCUACAGGGGCACUUGGGGUGGGACACACCCACCCUGCCCAGUGGCCACAGGGAGGGGCCAGCAGCCACGUGGAGUGAGCAGGUAGGAAGCUGCUCAGCUCCUCUGUGCUGCUGGUGGCGAGUGGGGGCCCCCCGGGAGAUUUUAAAUGGCCCAGGCGAUGGGGGAGUGCCCGAGGGUAGAAGGUGGGGCCGAGGCCUAGUGCCCAGGCACCACAGACCCAUAGAACUCGCUGCCCAUGGUCACCCCAGAAAUGCUUUGCUGGGUCAGGGUCAGGAUGCACCACACCUUGCUGGAUUAAGCCCAUAAGGGCCAAAUUCUAUCCCUACUUAUAUAUUUUAGGUAAUGGGGUUGCUUAGGGAAGAGAUAAGUGAGAGCAACAUUUGGCUAUUAAUAUUAUAUUAGUAGAAGUGCAAAAUUACAUUCUGUUUCACAAAUGUAUUUCUGGUACUGUUGACUAGUUCACCCAAUGCUUGACGUUAAAGAGACAUUUUUUAAAAUGGUAACUCAUGAGAUUUGCCAUAUAUGAGGUACAAAUAAAUCAGCUAUAAUAUAAUACAGUAAUGUCACAGAUACAUGAUUUAAAACAAGGAGAAAACUGACUUCAAAGGUGCAUUUAACACUUGCUACACUGUCUCUUCUAGUUCAUUAAAUAGUCGCCAAGAAGAACAAGGAAUAUAUUUUACAUUUUAGCAGUGAAGCUUGAUGAAGAAGAAAUUAUUAGAUUUAAACCAGUUUCACAGUGCAUGGUCCAAAUAUCACCAUAACUUUAGCAUGUUAUAGCAAUUUAGAUCCUGUAAUCUCCUAUUUUUUAUGUGUUAGCAAAUCUGAAUUUGUUAGUACUUCAGUUUUGGUAUUUGUUAUGAUGCCGGUUUGAAAUGUGCCAGUUACAGAGGGAAUUUUGUACAUUUUUCAACUGAAAAGGUCAGUAGAUAACAUAAAAGUAAUUAAUAUUGAUAUAUCAGAACAGAUCAGGUCAUUGUCAUGCUGGAAUCUGAGUGCUAGGUCUAAAUUGUACUUCAGGCAAGGGACUGGAAGGGAAUGUGCUUGACCCCUACUGGGGAAAAGGAUCAUCUUGCAUCUCUCUCAUGUAUUCCCCUUCUGGCUGACCCUGAAGAGACUUUAAUGGCCCCAGAGGGAGUCACAUCCAGUUCUCCUCUGCAAGGACAGGAUCACAGUCUGAAGUCUUUCGUGGAGUGUUGAAAGUAAUUUCAAAAAUGCUUGAAGAAAAUGAAAAAUUUAGAGGCAGACUGUUGACUUGCCGUCAGUUUAAUACUGAAGGCAGUGAUGUGAACCAAAGCUCACAGAAUGAGGCUUCCUGCAUGGACAGAGUCUGGAAAGUGAGGUCCAAGAAUGGUGAAGCUGGGGAGUAAUUUGAGUGACAAGAACAGCAAACAACCAUCCAGUGAAGAUGGUUUUCAGACAGUUCCUUUGAUCACACCCUUGGAAGUAAAUCAUCUGCAGUUCCCAGCUCCGGAAAAGGUGAUUGUGAAAACAAGAACAGAAUAUCAGCCUGACCAGAAGAACAAAGGAAAACUCAGGGUGCCAAAAAUUGCUGAAUUCACAGUCAGUUUCACUGAUGGCGUAACAGAAAGAUUAAAGGUCACUAUUCUCAUAAGUCUGGCUCUUGCGUUCCUUGCCUGCAUAGUCUUUCUUGUGGUAUACAAAGCCUUUACUUAUGAUCACAGUUGCCCAGAUGGAUUUGUUUAUAAGCAUAAGAGAUGUAUCCCAGCCUCCCUGGAUGCCUAUUACUCAGCACAGGAUUCCAAUUCCCGGGGCAGAUUCUAUACUGUCAUAAGCCAUUACAGCAUGGCUAAGCAAACCAGCUCACGGUCUGUAUCACCCUGGCUUUCUUCGGGAUCGGUAAACCAUGAAGCCAAGGCUGCCAAGACAGAAGGCCAUUAAAACUACUCAGUGGUGACGGGAGGGGUUGGGAGUAGGGAAAUAACACCGUGUCUAUGAAGUAUCGCUCUGCCUCAGAGAGGGCGCAGUGCUAACAGCACAAGAAGAAGAAAUGAAACUCAAGUGCAGGAGUCAUCUUAAUUGAUAUUUCUUUUCGUGCAUUGUUCUCGUUGAUUUGUAACCGGGCCAAGCUCUUGUACAAAGGCAUGUUUGAUGUUGACUGUAACUUUACGAUGUAAAAAUAUUUUUAAAAUCAUUGCUUAAAUAUUUGUUAGAAAAAUAAAUGAAAAAACAAAAAAAGCAAAUUCAGAAAACAACCAGAGAGGAUGGAAUCAAGCAAAGAGAAUCUCCCAGAAACUGUAUCUUUGGCAGAAAGGUGUGACCCUAGAGCAGUAUGUAACGGAAGAACAUUUGAAUACCUUGUUUGACAUGCAGGGGUAGGGGGAAGUCUUUUACGAAUCAUGUCACUGGGUAGUUAAACUUGCCAGAGCAGGGUCCUUCUACUGGCAAACUGAGCUGCGCAAAAUACGGUAUCAGCAUUAGUUUGUGGCCAGAGAAGUACACACGCAUUUGUGUUCAGUCUGAGGCCUGAAUUAAAAACAGAAAGAUCUAGGGAUUUGGAAUACAUAGUCAUGGUAUUGGAGAUCUUCAGUGGGUUUGUCAGAAUUAAGUAUUUUGGACAUAGAGCAGGAGAAGGAAGCUGUUGUGUUUAAAUCUCUUCAGCACAGGACCGGGAGUCAGGCUCUAUUGCCAGUUCUCCCACAGAUUACCUGUGUGAUCUUGGACAAGUCACAUGGGGCCUGAUCCUUUGAGAUGCUGAGCACUUCUUUGGAGAGCAAAGAAACAAAUAACUUCAUUGUAAGUCUAGGAUGCUUAGCACCUCGCAGGAGAGGGUUAGCACCUUAAAGGAUCAAGCCCCCUCUGUGCCUCAUUUCCCCCUUGUCCUUAUUUCAUGGACACUACUUAUGCGGGGAAUGUGAGGGUUUGUCUGUUGGUGUGUAAAAUAUUUGGAGAGUUAAUGAUAGACAGUGCUAUCAAAAUUCAAAGUAUGAGUUGACUUAUAAACCCGUGAACGUAAAAACAAACCCCAAGCCGAGUCCAGCCCUGUACAGUGUUCAAACACAGCCCAGUAUCUAGCAUGUAAACUGAUCUGAGCAAGCACGUCUGUUUUGUAAGACUUGAGCAAAAGGAAUUUUCUUUUCCAGAGCUGCCACCCAAAACAUCGCAGUGUGACAGUUAAAAUACUUGUGAUCGUAGUCAGCUUGAGUUCAAAAGAAUAAGCACCAGGAGUAGGACAAGACAGAUGUUUGGGUUUGGAGUUUAAGGUUUGCAUUUCACCAAGACUGCUGAUCAGAUUUGUGGGUGUUGCAGGCUAGAAAUUGGGAGCCAAACCCACUGGGCAGAGUUUUGUCCUUCAUUAUGCACACACAGCUGCUAGGGGUUUGAAUGGGACUAGCCUGGUGUAAAUGGGGGCAGGACUGAGCUGACAGGAGUCAUGAUAAGCAAUGGUAUAGUAUAGCUAAAACUGUAGUGCCAAACCCCAUCGUCUGGCUCCCCCUCCCUCCAUAUUUCACCUGUAAAUUCAUUUCUCACUUGAAAUGUACAAACCCCACCACAGAAAAAUCAAAACUCCGACAAACGACUGAAAAAUUUAUAAUUUUGUGGUGUGUGUUUUGUCAGUAGGUAGCGGAGACUGAAGUAUUUUUUGGUGUAAUUCUUGAACUUUUCUGACAGGAAAAAUAAAGCUAGAUGUGUCUGAGAGUC